UGUCGCUUGAAGGACCUCUGAUUUCCCCAGGCCUAGGUACUCCAUUCCUCUGUCUGGAGCUCGAUCGAUUUCCCUCCAUAAAUUGAUUCUUCCGCAAGAUGAGCGAUUGUGGAAACGGAGCGGAAGAAGUGAAAGAAAGCUGGGCCUGUUCAUCAGGCCUCAAAACAGUCACUCGGCUUGUUGAAGCAUUUGGGCGGUGGGGUUUUCUACUGUAUCCAGUAAAAUGUGAAAAUUGAAGCAAAUGACAAGUUUAAUUAUUGAGCGGUAAUUAUCUGGUCAAAUAUAGCAACGCCAUUAAAGCUAAACAACUAACGGAAGCUCAACUCAACGAUCCAGUGCCCAAGAUUAAAGAUCCUGUUCUCUCCCCGUUCCCCCUGUAAUUCCUGAUCCAGCCACCACGGAAACUGGGGAAGAAGCCGAAGUAGAGACUGAAACUGGGUGGCUGCCGCGGCAAUACUCUGACCGGCCAAGACAAUCUCCUUGCAGGAAGCGUCCAGUGACCAUUUUGGAUGAGACCCGACAGAAUUCAGCUGCUAAUGGCACCGCUUCAAUUUUCGGUACCGAUCUCGUAAGAUUGCAAUCCGGUUCUUUUCCACUGUCCUAAUGGCUUGUGAUAGUCCAAGGGAGCCGUUGCUUUCAGGGUCAUCCAAUCCCAACCCUCAAAUGAGCUCAUCAGCAAAUGCUCCAAAGAGAAGGGUGCUGAGACGUAUUAGGAGUGCUCCUCAAGCGGAUUUGGCUCCUCCAGCACCAGCUGGCAAGGACAAUGGGUCGAUCCCCUGUGCAGAGUCUAUCUUUGGGAACCUUCACCCUAGUAUUAAGCAAGUAGCUAUUUACUUGACUAUCUACUUGGGCCUUGGCACGCUAUCCUUUUACCUUGUGAAAGAUGACAUCACAGGGAAGAAGACUAACAAUCUUCUCGAUGCCCUAUACUUCUGUGUUGUCACCAUGACCACUGUGGGAUACGGAGACCUGGUCCCAAACAGUGCCGCCACGAAGCUACUCGCCUGUCUGUUUGUCUUCAGUGGGAUGGCUCUCGUUGGCCUGAUAGUGAGCAAAGCAGCCGAUUACUUGGUGGAGAAGCAAGAGAUUCUGCUAGUGAAGGCGAUGCACCUGCGAGACAAAACCGGCCCAACCGAAAUCCUUAAAGAAGCCACGACCAAAAAGGCGAAGUACAAGUGCCUGUUGACUGCAGGAAUCAUUGGAGUGCUCAUGGUGGCUGGAACCGUGUUCCUCUGCCAAGUCAUGAAGCUGGGAUUCAUUGAUGCCUUCUACUGUGUGUGUUCCACCGUCACCACCCUGGGCUACGGUGAUAAGAGCUUCUCCACGAGUGGUGGGCGCCUCUUCGCUGUGGUUUGGAUAAUGGUAAGCACCAUUGGGCUAGCUCAGCUGUUCCUCUACGUGGCGGAGGUGUUCACCGAGAGCAGACAGAGGGCACUGGUGAACUGGGUUCUCACUAGAAAGAUGACCACUGGGGACUUGGAGGCUGCUGAUAUAGACUGUGAUGGCCAUGUUGGGUGUGCGGAGUUUGUGCUGUACAAGCUGAAAGAGAUGGGGAAGAUCACCCAGGAAGAUAUCAUGCUGGUAACUGAAGAAUUUGAGGGCCUUGACGUCGACCAAUCGGGUUCGAUCACCGCGUCUGAUCUGUUUCUGGCUCAAUCAACUGAAGCAAAGAAUUGAGGGCUAUUAUCCAAAGAAGUCUCAAGUGUUUGGUCUGCUUGUAUGAUGUGUAUGCUAAUGACUAAUGAUUAAUGUCCAUGUUCUGGUGACAUCAUGUGUAGAGUAGUAGCGUCCUCUAAUGUCAAAAUUUUCCUGUAAACUUUUUCUUCCUUUGAUUUCCUUACCCACCGCACCGUUGGCGUAUGUAUGUAAGCUAUAUUUCGCUGGGAAAGUGGCCCAAUGGUGGUAUCUCGUCUAUUUGUUUGGGCUUUCUGGCCCAUGAAAUGGGGCUCCCGAAUCCACAACCAUAUUCGGAUUCCACACCCGACAGCCAUUUGUCAAGGAUCAGUGGAUCAAUGGCGUGGGCCGCACACGAGUACCGUCCAUUUGUCUCGACCAAUCAUGGCCACGUGGAGUGGAUGGGAUGGGACCCACCGCCGCAUCAAAAAUUCAACGUCUCUGCUUGAAGGUCGUCCCGGAAGAGAAUAUUGAGCAAAUCAACGUAAUAGACAGACAAUAAUGAUAAUAUUAUUAUUAAUUUUUGCGAUUGUUA